AUGCCCCGCCUCACCACAGAAGGAACGUACACCGAUUCCCCCCCGCCAGGCCGCAGCGCCUCGCACGACGGAGACGAGGACGAUGACCUCUUGGACCGUGGGCGGGCCAAAGCCCAUCGCUUCCUGCACGGCUUCAUCGACUUUGCCUUCCAGGGAAACGUGCUCGAGAUCGCGUUCGGUCUGAUCAUCGCGUCCAUGUUCACCGCCCUUGUGACCUCGCUCGUGACGGAUAUUUUGCUGCCGCCAAUUUCGGUGUUGUUGCCGCUGAACAAGAACCUGGAGGAGAAAUUUGCCGUGUUGAAAGGGGGGCCGAAAUACAAGGGGGAGGGGGGGUAUAAUACUUUGAAGCAGGCGCAGGCGGACGGGGCGGUGGUGAUGGCUUAUGGGUUUUUCUUGAACAGGUUGAUUAAUUUUAUUGGUGUGGGGAUGAGCUUGUAUGGGAUGGCGGCGACAUAUCAGUUUUUUUCGAAGGAUCCGAUCAUCAAACGUACUGUUAAGUGCAGGUAUUGUCGGAAGAGUAUUAAUGAGAAGGCUGCAAGGUGUAUCAACUGUACUAGUUGGCAGGAUGGGAGGGAGGACCGGUUGUUUUAGAGAGGCUGAGGUCGUCGUUUGCCGUUAAAGGGGUCUACCAUGGAAUGUCCUAUCAGAUUGGACAGUAGGUGGUGCUGAGCAUAGGGGGUUGUUCUCAUCCUUGAGCAUGUGCGGUUGGUUUCGUCCUUGAGCAUAGCAUAGCAGGCCGGGGUGGCCAUUCUAAUUAUUGACGAUCAUGUUUACAUGCAUCCUCGUUCUUACACAACCAGAGACAUCGCAAACGUCUCAGCGAACAGAUCUGUGUUUCCAUG